AUGCCCAUCAGCAACUAUCACACGGCCUGCUCCGCCGGUGCCGUCUACGGCACCCUCACCUUCCUGUCGCGCGCCAUGACCGGCUGCGUGGCCCUAUUCCGUUUGCAUACCACCGACGGCAAGGUCUCGGACAUAUUCGGCGUCUGGGAAGCCGUCCUCCCGGACGAGAUUAUCGUCACCGAGGAGGGAUAUCUGCAGAUGCAGCGAGGUCUGGCGUCAACACUCACGCAAUGCUUCCGCACGGGGCCCCUCAUGCUGAGUUCGCUGUUCAACUGCUGUUGUUGCUUUUUCAACACCAGAGGCCGCAAGAUGAUCAAUGAAAUGCGUGUGGACAUCUUUGGUGAUGACAACAUGGUAGAGCAAACACAGGAUGGCGGGAACGUGAUGGCGCGGGGCAAACCCGCAGCAUGGAGCAGAUUCGCUAUUGAGAUAGAAUUUGAGGCCCGUAGUUUAUCUUUGGGUAAACACCUCAUCACCAAGGUCCAGCAGUGCUGUUGGAACAGUGUGCACCCUGAAUUUCCUUCGCCUUUACUCCUCAUCUUGUACUCGGGCUCUACUCGUCUCCUCCACGAGCCACAUCAGGAGUAG